GUGGUUGGUUUUUGUAAAUUGUGGGUAAAAUUGUCACAAUUGCCGACCUUUGAACCACAUAAACAUAGCUGUGCAUAGGCAAAAGCAUAUCCUAAUUUCUCUCUCUCUGAGACUCAACAGUUAUCAUUAGGUAUUUAAUGUCGUGUCACGGGUGCGCUAUUGUGCGCAUCCACAUCACCCCCCAUUAUAAAUAGCAUGCACAAUCUCAUGCUAACUUUUCCAACUACAAGAAGCUUCAAUUCAAACACACAAAAAACACCCAACUCAAAAAUGCAUCUCAAUUCAUUUCAAUUCACUCUCCUUCUCUUCCUUUUCAUCUCUGCUACUUCUUUUUCUUGGGCUUCUAGUGCUGCUGUUUUUGGUGGAAGAAAGGGCACUGAUUCUAAGGACAUGUCUUCGGAGCUGAAUGCGGAGAACGGGCCGCCAACCAGCGGUAGCGGCUCGGCCCAUGGCCCCAACUGGGGCUACAGCUGGGGGUGGAGCGCGACCCCAGGAGGCGGCUGGGGUUACGGGUCUGGGUCUGGGAGAUCACCCGCUGGGUUUGGGAGGGGGUCUGGUUUUGGGUUUGGCUCUGGGUCGGGGUCUGGAGGUGGUGGAGGUCACGGUGGUGGCUAUGGGUCUGGUUAUGGAAAUUCCGGGGGCGGGGCUGGUGGAGGAGGAGGAGGAGGAGGAGGAGGAGGAAACAACCAUGGCUGAGACAUUGGCUGGGAGUAGUUCAUGAUUGUCAUGACCUCCAGGCCCAGUGCACUAUGAUAAGUAUUAUAGCUAGGUACAUGUGUAAGCUUUAUAAGACUGCAAUAAAAUCAUUGCUAGUAUAUUUAAUAUGUUGAUGAGUUGCAAUACAAUCUACUCUCCCCAUCAUAUAUUAGACCUCAUGGUUUUAAUUUA